ACAAACAACUUCAUUGCAUAACUUGCACUUCAUAUCCUCAUAGGAUAUUGUCAUCAAAUUCUAAAAGAUCAGAUACCCAUUUCGGAUGGCAUUUUUCAAUUCAAUAACAAGAAGCCUUGUAAGAAAAUCACUGAGCAGCCAUGCAAGAAGUGGUGUAAGAUGCAUGAGCAACCUGCCGGAGAAUGCAGUGUACCAUGGUCCCAAGCCACAAGACCCGAACCGGAGAACAACCCUUGCCACUCUCCGCCAGAAGCACCGCAAGGGGGAAGCCAUAACCAUGGUCACAGCCUAUGAUUACCCUUCUGCUGUGCAUCUCGACACCGCUGGGAUUGAUAUAUGUCUAGUCGGUGACUCUGCCGCUAUGGUGGUUCAUGGCCACGACACCACUCUGCCCAUCACUCUUGAUGAGAUGCUCGUGCAUUGUCGAGCCGUUGCCAAAGGAGCUAAAUGCCCUUUUCUAGUUUGUGACCUCCCUUUUGGUACCUAUGAGUCCAGUACCACACAGGCUGUUGAUACAGCAGUAAGGGUUUUAAAGGAAGGAGCGAUGGAUGCUAUUAAGUUGGAAGCUGGUGCACCAUCCAGAAUUACAGCAGCUAAAGCAAUCGUAGAAUCUGGAAUUGCUGUGAUGGGGCACGUUGGACUUACCCCUCAGGCCAUUAGUGUUCUUGGAGGAUUUAGGCCUCAAGGUAGAAAUGUGUGUAGUGCAGUCAAGGUUUUGGAAACUGCCUUGGCUUUCCAGGAAGCAGGGUGCUUCUCCGUUGUUUUGGAAUGUGUGCCGUCACCUGUGGCUGCUGCAAUAACAUCUGCUCUUAAGAUUCCCACCAUUGGUGUUGGGGCUGGACCGUUCUGUAGUGGUCAGGCGUUAGUUUAUCAUGAUUUGCUUGGGAUGAUGCAACAUCCACAUCAUGCCAAGGUUACUACUAAAUUUUGUAAACAAUACGGGCAUGUUGGAGCUGAAAUCAACAGAGCACUUGUACAGUACAAGGAAGAAGUGACAAAUGGUUCUUUCCCGGGUGCCACUUAUAGUCCAUAUAAAAUUAGUGCUGCUGACAUGGAUGGUUUCCUUCACGAACUACAGAAGUUGGAUUUUGACGAUGCAGCAUCUGCAGCUGCUAUUGCAGCUGAUCGAGAAGAUUCAAACACCACCAAAAUGAUCGGAAUAUGCUAA